AUGCUUUCCAGUACACCUUUAACAAUUCACUUAAAGAUCUAUUUAACUCUGUCUAUAUCUAUAGCGUUUGAGCGAUUACUGGCUCUGUUCUUCCCUUUGACCUACCGAAAGCUGCCUUCGUCCAAAUAUGCAACAACUUCUCUGUUGAUUGGUGUUUUGUUGGCUGCAACUGAUCUCGUCUUGGAAUUCCUCUGUUCGCCUUUUGAAAAAUCACCUAAUUGUGCGGCUAUCGGGUGCUUCAUCGGUACCAAAUUCCGCUAUCACUGGGGAAUAAGCAAUAUGAUCAUGGGCUUCUUUGUUAUUAUCUUAACAGCUCUGCUGAUAGUCAAACUCCGGUUUCUUAAGAACGAAUCGAAAUCGAGGAGAAUUCUGAAUAACAAAGAAUCACUCAGAUUCCGGCAGGCUAACCGCACGUCCACAGGCAUUCUUCUAACCUCAAUGGUCUUCGUCACAAUUCCAAGUGUUUGUGUAGGCUUUGUUGAAAUGCUCGGUUAUUCAUUUUUUAAGACAGUUGGUCCAUUCUACAUAGUUGGCUUGCUUUGCGCUGGUGUUUGCAACAGUUUAGUAUACGUCUUUCUCAAUCGUGAUAUGAGAGAUUCGACAGAAAAUUGCGUUUUCCAUAUAGCACCCUCAGCAAUGAGGGCUUCGCCAGUAUCCUCAAGGAUAUUCUGUACAGCCAAAUUUCGAGCCAAACAGAACCGUUGA